ACUUGACGAGCCGAGCUCGAGUCGAGCUCGAGCUUUCAUUUUCGUAAACGAGCCGAGCUCAAUCUUGCAUAUUAAAGCUCGUGCCGAACACGAGCCGAGCUUGAGCCUGGAAAUAUAUCAACGAGCCGAGCCUGAACUAUGGCAAAGCUCGACUCGACUCGACUCGGCUCAUUAACAGCCCUACUGCUAAGCACCCCUAGACCCUAGUCACGGGAUCCUCUCUCCUCUGAGAUCGCCCUGCCUGCACUCUCCUCUCUGCAACGGAACCACUCAAUCAAUCCCGUCGUCCCACUUCUCUUCAAUCCCAAUCAUUCUUCUGAAAUCUAAUCCAAAAAAUGGAAGCCGCCGGUAACGACAAGAAGCAUGUGUACUCCGUGUGGGGUGCCCCGCCAAACGACGUCAGGGAUCGGCUCAAGAAGCUCAUGGACGGCCUCCGAUCGGAAUUCGGCGGCCCGGAAUUCCAGCCCCACGUCACCGUCGUCGGAGCUAUAACCUUAACGGAGCAGGACGCUCUCAGCAAGUUCAAUUCGGCUUGCGAAGGGCUCAAGGCUUACCUCGCCACCGUCGAUCGCGUCGCCGCGGGGACUUUCUUCUACCAGUGCGUGUAUUUGCUCCUCGAUCCCACCUCCGAGGUUGUGGAAGCUAGCUCACACUGCAGUGGACAUUUUGGGUACAAGAGUUCCACUCCUUAUAUGCCGCAUCUCAGCCUUUUGUACGGCGAUCUGACCGAUGAAGAGAAGAAGAAGGCUCAAGAGAAAGCCCUUCAACUAGAUGACAGCAUCAACAGCCUGAGCUUCGAGAUCAGCAGCCUGGAGCUAUGGAAGACUGAUACAGAAGACAACUCUCUCAAAUCAUGGGAGAAGAUCUCAGAGUUCAACCUCUCUCCCAACUAAGACUAAUCUAGGAAGCUGCUGUACAUCACUCAUCUUUGAUUUGGCUUCUGACCAGAUCUUCAAUAAAUUGGGCGUUACCUACUGUCCUGUUACGUAACUGUGUGUUCGAAAGAAGCAAAAGAUGAAAGCCCUGUUGUAAUGCAUUUGUGAGACGGUGACAGUUCAUUUGAUGGCUAUUGAUCUGAGAGGAAGGAUCUGUAUUUUUCCUCUUUUAGGCACGAAACAUUCAGCAUCCGCUGAUUAUCGGGCACAAUUGGAAAAAAGUUGGCAGGCUGUGUUUUGAUUUGAGCCGGCAUGUCACAGAGAAUUUAACAACUUGUAGUAGGAGGUGGUGGAUAUCCUUUGUGUAAUCUAAUCGCUCUAUUAAGGGGCAAAAGCUGAAACUAGACGGCUCCGACCUUUUCAAGCUUCUUGUUGUUGUAUUCCACUUCCACCCAAAUGGUUUAUCUGACAGCUAGAUCAGCAGGGAAUCUUACUAUUAUACAUGCAUACAUACAACUCAUGAGGUUUGACAUUUAGAACAUUGAA